AUGUCCAACAAAAGCCUUGCUAUCGCGCAGACCAGCACUGGUGGAACCCCAGGCACGAGUGCGGCUGCGGUGCUAGACCCUACGAGAUCGAGUGCCAGGGAGAAAUUGCAUCAAACAUACGCUUCUGAUCCAAAAUAUAAGAAGUACACGCAACAAGUGGAGAAAUGUCUCAAUGCAUUCGACAAUGUACACGAGUGGGCAGACUGCAUCGCGUUUUUGAAGCAGUUAUUGAAGACGUUUCAAUCAUACAUGCAAUUCAAGGAGAUCCCGUACAAGCUCAUUGUUGCUAAACGGUUGGCACAGUGCUUGAAUCCUGCUUUACCAACUGGCGUACAUCAACGUGCUCUGGAUGUUUAUACGCACAUACUUUCUGUGCUUGGAACGGAAGGUCUCAAACGAGACCUGCCAUUAUGGUCGUCUGGCUUAUUCCCAUUCUUUGAGUAUGCUGCUACAUCAGUCAAGCCAAUACUGCUGACCAUAUAUGACACGCAUUAUCUGCCUUUACAAGCUGGUCUGCGACCUGUGAUGAAGUCGUUCAUCCUUGCACUGCUCCCGGGUCUUGAAGAGGAGACCGGCGAAUUCUUUGAAAAGGUGCUCACCCUACUCGACCGACUGUCAGCAACAGUCUCCCCCGUAUUCUUCGUCCAGAACAUAUGGCUCAUCAUGAUAACCAUGUCGUCUGCACGUGGAACCGCCCUGAACUUUCUCUCUCGCAGACUACCUCGAUUACACGCAGACGAAGACAUAACUCAGAUAGUAGGUAGAGAUAUAGGGCUUAUGAUCCGUGCAUUCGCAGCGGCGCUCGAGGACGACAAUUUAUUGGUUCGAAGGGGCGCGCUUGACAUUCUUUUGCAGUCGAUGCGGGUCGAUAGUGCUGCUAUCAAACGAGCGCAUUCGGAAGAUACCGUCAUACUUAUGAGAGCUGCGACUGGCGUAGUCCUGCGUCGAGAUCUGUCACUUAAUCGACGACUUUAUACCUGGUUGCUGGGUCCGGAUGAGAAGAGCGAGAACCAGACCGUCUUCUUGCGACAGCAUGCACUUCAGUUAUUGAACACCACGCUCAAGGAUGAAAUGUUUGCGCCUUCAGGGGAAUACUCCGAAUCAAGGCCGUUCAAGAUCUUUAUUUCGCUGUUGGACAAGUGGGAGAUAGGAUCGGCCUUAACCGAUGUUCUUGUAUUGGACGCUCUUAAAGCAAUCCGAUUUCUGAUGCAGCGGGACGCGGAGGAGCACAAUGAGGAUAUUUCUAUGACUGCCAGUACGCUAUAUGAAGCUGUCGAGCCCAGUAUUCUUUGGAAGCAGUUACUGGCAGCAAUAAUGAAAGAUUUGUCCGAAGACAGCAAAACUGGGGCAAUUGACUUGACCUUAUUUCUACUGCGUUCACUCCCUAUGCAAGAUGAUGAAGUUCGCAGCAUUCACCUACCAGUUAUUUUUGCCGCCAUAACGGAGGAGCUGCAGCGUGCGAUCAACAACGACCCGUCCAAGGCUGCCGAAGCUUCUGUCCGGGAAUGUCUGGCUCUGCAAGAGGAAAUCUUCCAACACAUACCUCUAGAGUCUCUCUGUCAGCGUCCCGGGCUGAAUGCAGCACUUCAGACAUCAGCUUCGUCUCUUGGCUCACUCCCAUUUGCCUAUGCAUUUUACGGACUUAAGUUCACCGAAUCAAAUCCGAGCAGUGAAGUGCUUAACCCUUUGGUGGCUGUCUUAGAACAUAUGUUCUGUAUAAGUCAAGCGCUGUCACGAUCAAUCUCGGCUCAGCAAGGGGGCUCGAUAGAACUCCGAGCGGCAUUGUCACAGGUGUUGCGAGUUUUGUCGGGCGUUGUCCGUACGGUGGACAGAAGUUGUGAUGUGACACUCAGUCUGUCAUGGGAACCUUCAAAAUGGUUGUACUCUAUGCUCGAUUGUCUUGACCUCGAGGCCGUCAGUUUCACCCUGGUGGACCAAGUGGUAUCUUUGAUAUUGUCUUUGCAUGGUGCGCAGAAGCUCAGCCCAAAGCUGUCGAUGGAUAAAAGACCUGUGGUUAGUCGUAUGGUGAAGAAGCUUUUCAGAUACCUCCACGCAGACCUGGCUACAUGUCAUGUGCGAGCUGUCAGUCUCAUAUGGUCCAUAGAAUCAAUGUCACGGCCCCAUGAAGUUGAGUCGAUAAUAGCCCAGAGCAUGUGUUCUCCUGAGUCGAGAAACGUCUAUGAGGCGCACGAGGCCUUUGGAGUACUUUGGCGACUAUCAGAGGAUGACUCGCUUCCUGGAGUGCGCCUGAAGGUGCCGUUGAUGAUAGUUUUGGAGACCUUGAAGCAUGAUGAUCCAAGCCUGCGACGCGUUGGAGAAACAUGGAUGCGAUGCAAUUUGAGGUCAUAUAUCAGGGUCUUGGAACCGGUUCUCCGCGAUCUUCUGGACCCUUCUAUCCGUCGAAUAUCCAGAGUUAGCAGAGUGAGCGGCAAAGAAAUCAGGGGCUUCGUUUACGAGAAGUCAUUUGACCAGCGUUAUGUCGCCCACCUUCUCGAGAUUUUACUCUCGAUCGUCCAGUUCGGUGGUCAAGGUUUUUCAAGGUCUGCGCGCGGCACCUUCCUUAGGCGUUCAUAUGACCACGUGCUAUUCCAGAGACUUAGCUCAGCCGGGGUAGACGCCAAUGCAAGCUACCUAGAUGCGCUCAUCGAGGUGUUGUCAAGGUUCCUUCAGUCCGAACCCAAAGAUCAAGAUGCUUCGGUUAUGCAGCCACUGAACACGGUCAUACAAUCCUCCGCCAUAGACCUUCUCCAAACCAUUGUCGCUCGCGGAGAGAUUGAAAUGCUCGCCAUCGAAAUUCUCGAACCAAUGGUCAUCGGCAAACUCUUCCUCUGUGUCCAUUUACAUCGGUUGGACUUGCAAAACAAGUUACUGCGGUUCCUCCACUCCAUUGUAUCCGCCUCGACAUCUUAUGCCUACAACGGGAACCCGCCUCCCGAGGAUCGAAGUACAGAAGGGUCGCAGGAAUCCGGGAAAGGGGGUUACACCGUCAACUCCCUGCUGACACAAACCAUCAUAGAUGGUAUUGCGAUCCCGCGGAAUCGUCCCGUGAUGCAAGCACUGUUCCAACCUGCCCUUCAGAGCGUUAUUUCUCCUAUCGCUGAUUGUCUUUGCCGACAACUACGCUUGCUCCUCUCAGAUAUACUAAAGGCGAACCAGCCAAUGACUAAUGGGAGCUAUCCUCGGGUUGCGACUGAUGCUGAGUUCACCAUGCUUCUCAACACGCUCGAGCGGUUACUUGUGCUUGGCUUGACUCAAAAAUCAGAUGCUAGUUCACAAGAGGAUGACGCUCCAGUUCAGGAAAAACCUGGAACUGAGUCAGGAGGUAUCUUGGGAUAUGUCUCGAACGUCUUCACCACAGAUAAUGCAUCUGCUGCUGUCGAAGAUCAGCUAACGGCAAUAUGGGUCAACAUGGUGUGGCAUGACACUACUGGCCUGCGGCCAGAGGCGGAUUCUCUGUCUAUGAUAUAUAGUCGGACACAUGCUCGUUGUCGAAGAGUUCUGGAGCACCUAUUCCGCGCUCACCCUACGGAAGUGUUGGAGUCCGUCAUUGAGUGCUGGGAUCAUGAUGCAUCGCUCCGCUCCAAAGGCUCUGACCAGCCUGCGACAGGUAUCUUCGGCUUGGUCGAUGUCUUGAUUGCUAGUGCGCAAAGCGCAGUGCAUAUGAUCUGCGACAGUAUAUCAGUUCGUAUUUCGAACACUUCGGAGCGCAAUAGGAAACCCGCAAACGCGAAUCUAUCCGACAUCGUCCUAUUCAACUUCCUGGAGCAAUAUUUCCAACGGCUUGAAGGGCCUCUGGCUCUUCAAGUAUGGAGUCGAUUUAUGCAGCUCGCGAAGGACCUGGCGUCAAGUCGGGAUUUCAAGAUCCAGGUUUUCUUGGCAUUGAAGUGCUUAUGCGUUUUGGGCGACAAAGUUACUCAGACCACUGCCAUAGACGACAAGCGCAUCAGGAAAGAUCUCCAGGUCCGGUACUUUCAAAUUAUGGAAACAUUCGGAAAACUCCUUGAUGCAUGCGUUACUUUUGUGGGUAAAUCGACGGAUCAACCAAAUUGGAUGAGACGUACCACGAGGGAGUCGACAGUCACGAAUGGUCGAUCUUCCCCUGCUCUUCGUGGUGGUGUCUCGGAUUUGAAGCAGGACGAGAAAGAUUCCAGCACUACUACGCUUUCGGAUAAUGCCAAGCCGACUUGGGGAACAGAGUUACCCUCCCAGAUCACCGCAUUUAUAGCAUCAACAGUUGUUCCAGAGCUGCGCCGGUUUUUGAUGGAUAACGACAAGGUAGCGAGUGCUUGUAGCAACAUCGUGUAUUACAUAGUGAGCCCAGGCAUCAAAACGAAGGCCAGGCCUCUGGAUGCUGAUGUGGUUGUGGUUGAUAUAUUUCGGGAGAUGAUCAAAAUUCCACCUGCGAUGAAGGUUUGGCGAGUGGCAGUAACCGAUGUCCUUUAUGAUCAUCGCAUCUUCAGCUCAAAUUCCAGCGUUGCUAUGAAGUGGAAACCCAUCAUCAAAGCAGUAUUUGAUGGUGACAGAACUUCUUUCCCUGACCUUCUUGGCCGUAUUGCUACGUCGCCCUCGGCCAAUAUCUUCACGAACCGAGAGCAUGAGAUGCUUCUGCGAUCGUUGAACUUGAGACGGCUUGCAUUCGUCCUCUUCACAGGAGAGAAAAAUCAUUUCUUAACCCAGCUUCCGGCUAUACAGGAGAAAUUGGUGGAUAUCCUGCGCAAUGUUCCAUCUCCCGUAGUUCAAUGUGAAGUCUACCUUUGCAUACGAGUGUUGUUGUGCCGCCUGGCUGCACAUAGUAUGACGAGCUUUUGGCCCGUGAUUCUCACUGAACUAUACCGAAUAUUUGGGCAAAUAAUUGAUUCGAUACCUUCAGAUGGCUCAGAAGAUCUACAACUCAUACUUUCGGCCAGCAAAUGCCUUGAUUUGCUGCUUACCCUUCAGACAGAAGAGUUCCAGAUACAUCAGUGGAUAUUCAUCACCGAUACCGUGGAUGCCGUAUUUCGCCCUGACGAUUGGACCCCAGAAUCGAUGUUUGACCAGCUCGCUGAAGUAGUUGGCAGUUUACCUAUUCCAGAGCCUCGAGAACCACAAGGUAUUGGACUAUCAAUGCCAACAUCAGCUUCCAUUGCUUUCCCUGUUGCCCAUUCCGAUCGUGCUUUACGGAGGCCCAUACUAAAAUCAAUCCGUCAGAUUGACUCGAUUAGGGACCUUUUUCCAUUCUUCUCCCAUGUGAGCAUCUCAUCUUACGAGAGCGUGUAUGCAAGUAGUGGGAACAUCGAUUGGGAGGCGGUUGAGCAGGGAGUUUUGGACGAUAUGUUUGACGGCCGUUGAGGGGAUGAACUGUUUUUGUCUGUCUCUCUAGGAUGUACAUGGGAUCUGUUCGCUGUUCUAUACGCAAAGCACAUGGGUAUAUAUAGAUGUGAGUGAAUUCCUAGGGGAAAGCAGCGGAUAGUAAUCAGCAGAAAUCUCGUCAGAAAUCUCCCCAAUUCCGUCGGAAUUUGUACUGU